GGCGUGGGCUUCUACUCGGCCUACCUGGUGGCCGACAAGGUGACGGUUGUCACCAAGCACAAUGACGACGAGCAGUACGUGUGGGAGUCCGCGGCCGGGGGCUCGUUCACCGUCAUGGUGGACAAGACUAAUGAACCGAUUGGUCGUGGAACCAAGGUUAUUUUGCACCUGAAGGAUGACCAGAUGGAAUACGUUGAGGAGCGGAGGGUCAAAGAGAUUGUGAAGAAGCACUCGCAGUUUAUCGGCUACCCCAUCACGCUCUAUGUAAGUGAAAGG